ACCGUCAAAACACUCCCCACGUCGCCCCAAGCAACAUAAGCGAGUCUUCUUCUGAUCCAGUUCUCCGUCCCGAUAUCCUCCUCCUCAUCAUCAUCAUGGCUCAGCAAAUUCCAGCUCCAGUUCCAACUGCCGCACAGUUUGCCAACCCUCGUCCUGUCAUCUCCACUGAAUACUGUGCACCUUACUCCAUUAUUCUUGCGGUUGUCAAAAAACUCAUGUCCGUUGGAAACUUUGAUGUCAUAGACACUAACAGCACCGUCAUUUUCGAAGUGAAAAGAAAGUUAAUGACCCUUCAUGAUGAGCGUGUUCUGCUUGAUGAUGCUGAAAAUCCUAUUAUCACUCUUCGAGAGCAGAGAAUGACUGCACAUCACAGAUGGAAUGUGUACAGGGGCAAAAGCAAAGAGCCCAAUGAUCUAAUUUUUACUGUUAAGCGAUCUGAAAUGAUUCAAUGGACGGCCAAGUUACACGUGUUUUUGGCAAAUAACACAGAGGAAAAGGUAUGCGACUUCCUGGUUGAAGGGACUUGGGCUGAAAAAACUUGUGUCAUUUAUACUGGAGAUCGUAUCAAUAUAAUUGCCGAGAUGUCUAGGGAGACCACCUUUGGAAAUGCUCUGAUCGGAAAAGACAAUUACAAGGUAACCAUUCGUCCUAACGUUGAUUUUGCAUUCAUAGUCGCGCUCAUUGUGAUUCUAGAAGACAUGAACCACAUAAGCGAGAGGGAUGAAAAGGCCAUCGGAAUAGGCGUGGCCGUGGCUAAUAUAGGCCUGACCGUGGCUGGAGUAGAACCGCUAGUUAGUUGAAUGUGCGUCCAGCUUGGACUAAUUAGUGUAUUAAACUAGUAUUGUGAUUGUGUUGCACGUGUACAACGAUGCCUAUGCAUUAUUAAUAAUAUUUGACUAAUUUUUCUAUUUA